AUGAACACAACACAGCAACUGGCUAAGGACAUAAAAAUCCUCAUGAUCCAGCAACAGUGUUUAAAUUCACAAAUGCAAUUACUCAUGGCUACCAACAAUGCUUCUCAAAGUGUAAAUACUAACGCCAGCUUGUCUCAACUGCCUAUCUUUCCUGUUCUUUCUACUACUCAUUCAACGUCGCCUUUUCCUUUCUCUACCUCUGCUCCUUUUACUCCUCCACCUACUCAGCAACCAAUUGCUAUAAGUGUCACCCCACCUUCACUCAAUUCAAAUAGACACCCCAUUGUUUUGUUGAAGCUCAAAGCCAAGAAAAAGGCUAGAUGGGUUAGCUACAAGCCUAGCAAUUAA